GUCCUCCUUCCUUUCACCUAUAAAUUCCAAGAUGGAAAAGAACGCUGUCAAGCACGCCAAAGUUACCAAGGUUCUUGGCCGUACCGGCUCCCGUGGUGGUGUCACCCAGGUCAAGGUUGAGUUGCAGGAGGACCCCUCAAACCCCGCCUCUAUCCGUAAUGUUAUUCGUAACGUCAAGGGCCCCGUCCGUGAGGGUGAUAUCCUCUGUCUUAUGGAGUCUGAACGUGAGGCCCGUCGUCUCCGUUAAAGACGCUGUCUUGAUAUUAGAAGUGUAUU